AUGUAUUCACGUCGACCCGAGACUUUGAAGAUUGACAUCUCCAAGUAUAGAAGAGUCGAAGAGGACUCCCUCCUGGGAUGGUUCGUCGAAUUGGAUGACGCCAUAAGGGCGCGUCGCAUCGACGACGGGGAUAUGCAAGUUGCAUUUGCCCAGUCAAAUCUGGCAGGACGUGCCAAGACUUGGGCACUGGGGCUCAACUUGCACGACCCAUAUGCGUUUGGGUCGUUAGAAGUCUUCAAGUCGCGGCUCAGACAAACGUUUGAACCGCCUAGAGCUGAGUUCAGAGCUCGAAACGAACUCUUGAAGCUCAAGCAAGGUAAGCGUGAUGUGCACGCUUACGCGCAACAUAUACGACAUCUCACGAGUUGUAUAAGUUCCAACCCGAUUGAUGAACACACGAUGGUUUCGGUGUUCAUGCAGGGUCUUGCGGAUGGUCCCGUCAAGACUCACCUGUUCCGACUUGAACUAGAUUCACUAGAAAAAGCCACUUCCAUUGCGGGACAGGAAGACUUCAGUCUGAGACAGGCUCGCGCCAGCUCGACAUCAUAUCGUCAACCGAGACAAUAUGACAGCGGAGGUCCAGAGCCGAUGGAACUCUGUUAUGUAGAGAGCGAGAAGGCUCGCUCUACGGACUACAAGAAGUUGCAGAAAUGCAACAGAUGUCAAAAGACAGGACACUACGCUUACGAGUGUAGUGCCCCUCGUCCAGUGUCUCGCAACACUGGGCGUAGUGACCGUCCACCCAUGAGAAAGGGACAGGGACGCGGGUCCGCCGUUGGUGCAAAGACGCAACAACGGGAUGGACCGUCAAAAAACGGACAGGAUCAGUAG